AUGGCGAGAAGGGGCUAUUAUGCCGUUGCACGCGGUAAACCGCCAGCCCCGGCUAUCUACUCUUCGUGGGCCGCUGCGCAGGUCGUCACGCAGAAGUAUCCCGACGUUAUCUUCAAGAAAUUCUCUACUUUCGAGGAAGCGCAGGCCUUCAUGGCCGGGCAUGGGGUUGCGAGGUAUCGUGUUGAAAUAACCUUUGAUGUAACCUGCAUGAUGGAAGAGUCGCGCAGCCCUACCAGUGGAGUCGGUGGUGGAACAGGAGGGAAACAAUUCUAUGUUGUUGCGAAUGGGAGUGGGAAGGGGGUCUAUGAGUCUUGGGAGCAAGCAAAAGUGCACAUAUUCGGUCAACCUGGAAUAUGUCACCAGGCCUUUGGCACACGCCAGGAGGCUGACGAGUGGUUGUGGGAGUAUGGAAGAAUGCAGGAUGAGGUGGAGUACAGGGCCAAUGCAAAGCAAGGAUUGGGAAACCUCAGCGACCUUGCCAGGGAAUUGCCGGAGCCGCAGUGAAUUUCCUGCCAAAGGAAAUUUCUGACCGGAUGGUUUUUUCCCUUCGCUCCUUGCAGGAGUGGGGGGAUUUCACCGCCGGUCGCAGCCCAGAACAUCUAAUUUUUCGAGGAAUCUUUGUGGUGAAUUUUCCUCUCGAGCUAUCAUGCAUACGAGUACUGUGUAUCAUGCGGGGGCUUUUUGGCCUGCGAUGCAGAUGCAAGUAUCCAGGAUUUAACUGAACUACCGGCGAUUCAGAUGGAUGCAUUGGGAGCUGGGUUGGGUGGGCAUGCUUUAUCUGGUGUGGGGGGAGUUGGGCGAGCGAGGCUUUUGGGUUGUGUGCGAGGUUCUCGUAAAGGCUUCAUUUUCUUUUUUUUUCACAAAUGGGAGGUGUAGUCAUUCUUUUUCAUGACUGAAGUUUUUUUUGCUUUUUUUGCUGGAUCUGUGCGAUUUUGUCUACUGGGAAUUCUCGUUGAUUCGCUCGGCGAUUUGCCGCAUUGGUUUUAUCAUACAGCGAUACUUGCUGUUUUAACGGUUAUUGUUGGUUGCGUUUGAAAUGUUCACUUUUUUUGCUCAUGGGAGGUCUGUGCGACCAGCGGUCCAGUGAGCCCUUCUUGGCGGAGCUCAUAUCCUAACGGCUGCAUGCAUUGUCACUCGCUUGAGAAGUUGGGGUGAGGUUUGUGUGAAGUGUGUCAUGGAACUUUGAUGACGAAGAGGCUAUAUAUUUAACUCCGGUCUAGCCCAGACUAUUACCCAUAA